AUGGCGUCGGAGCUACCUUUCAAGUUAAAUAACAAGGAUAUAUUCCGCGACAAUUGUCUCGUCAAUGGCGAGUGGGUGGAAGCGCAGUCCAAGAAGCGCUUCGAUGUCGUCGAUCCUGGCACUGGCAAAAUCUGGGCUACAGCUCCCGAUAAUGGACCUGAGGACGUAGACAAGACUGUCGAAGCAGCUCAGGCGGCAUUCGAGUCUUAUCGCAAAGUCAACUCAAGGACCAGGGCACAAUGGCUAUUGAAGUGGGAUGCACUUAUUCGAGAGCACAGAGACGACAUUGCAAAAAUCGUGACAUACGAGACUGGCAAGCCGAUCGCCGAGAGUCAGGGAGAGCUCGACUAUGCUCUGGGGUUUACUUGGUGGUUUGCAGGAGAAGCAGAGAGAAUCCAAGGCACAAUAUCUACACCCGCAGCUCCCGGGCGCCGUGUCUUCACCAUCAAACAACCUAUCGGUGUCGCCGUGGCGCUGACACCAUGGAACUUCCCCAUCGCAAUGAUCCUUCGCAAAGCCGGAGCAGCUCUGGCAGCAGGAUGUACCAUGAUUGUCAAGCCAUCGCCUGAAACGCCCUUCUCCGUCUUGACUUUGGCGUACUUGGCUCUUCAAGCAGGCUUCCCACCUGGUGUCUUUAAUGUCUUGACUACUAGUCUUGAUAACACUCCUUCAUUGUCGGAGGCACUGUGUCGCCACGAGCUUGUCAAGAAAGUUACAUUUACAGGCAGCACUCGUGUGGGCAAACUGGUAGCCAAGAUCUGUUCCGAUGGAUUGAAGAAGGUCACACUCGAGCUCGGCGGCAACUGCCCCUUCCUCAUCUUUGAGGAUGCCGAUCUGGAACAGGCAGCUAAUGGCCAAGCCUGUAUAACCGCCAACCGCGUCUACGUCCAAAAAUCGAUCUACGAAGACUUCUCCAAGCUCAUCGUCCAGAAGACUAAAGGACUUGUGAUGGGCCACGGCAGCGAACAGAAAACAACAUUGGGGCCAGUGACUACCUCCCGCGGCCUUGACAAAGCUGAGUCUCAAGUCAAGGACGCAGUCUCUAACGGCGGAAAGCUGCUACUCGGCAAUGGCCAGAGGACGAAAGACGUAGGAGGUUACUUCUUCGAACCUGCAAUUAUUGGAGAUGCGAACAGGGAUAUGUUGAUUGCGAACGAAGAAACCUUUGCGCCUGUGCUUGCACUUUUCCCUUUCGAUACCGAGGAAGAGGCAGUGCAAAGAGCCAACGACACCAGUAUGGGGUUGGCGAGUUAUUACUUCACUAAGAAUGUUGAUAGGACCUGGAGGUUGUUCGAAAAUCUCGAGGCUGGUAUGCUUGGUAUCAAUACUGGCAACUCUUCAGCUGCAGAAAGUCCGUUCGGUGGUAUCAAGGAAAGUGGCUAUGGAAAGGAGUCGGGCAAGGAUGUUGCGGUCAACGAUGCUAUCAACUCGAACUCAAACUUCGUCUUCACAAACUCGAGUUUCUCCUCCGCCACCUCCAGCUUCUGCUUCACCGACGCCAGCUUCAGCGAUGAGGAUCUCACCGCCUCUUCUGUCGCCCUUCCCACGAGUAUGAUACGACCUACAUGCGACAACCGGGUCGAUAUCGAGAUGCUUCUCCGUCAACGCGCUUGCUACAUCGGCAUGGUCAUUCAAGACAUGGAAGGAUUGCACGACAUUUUCUGA